GUAAUAAAUUUCACAUAAUUAAUUGUACGAUGUUUUUAAUAAAUUAAUAAUGAAUUAAUAUUUAUGACUAUAUGAUACUAUUUACGCAUAUAAAUUUAAUAUAAUUAUUUAUCUAAUUAUGAAUGCUGUGGCACAAAAUGAAGAAAACACUUGGGCAUUUUUAAUUCAGUUCUACUAUAUACCGGGCAAAAUAUGAACGACAAAAGCCACUAGUUACUGUUAUGCCUUUGUUCUCCUUGCUUUGUUUUACAAGUAAAGUCGCACUUAAAAAGACUGAUAUAGGCUAACUUGAUAUUGUCAGUUUCUCUUGGACAAACGAAAUAAAUCAGCUAACAGAUUUUAACUCGGGUCCUUUACUAGUCGUCAUGCUGAGAGUCAAGUUUGCCUUUAGGUUUUCCAUGCCAGAAGUGCUCAUGUUCAUCUCUCAGAAGGAAACAGCUGGAGCGGAGCUCACAGUGCUGAGAUGGGGCUUGUUAUUUAAGCCAAAACGCGGUUGUUGGAUCCUGAACAUCAACACACACACACACACACACAUCGCUCCCCCUUCUUCCCCCACCCCCUUAGGAGUAGCCACUCAAUAAAGAGUGUGGCGUUUUUUCCUCUGGUUGAACAAGUCUAAAGAACACAAGGGGAGGGUCAUUAAUAACUAAUUACCGUGGGUCAGACCUGACGCAUAUAAAGCCCACCGGGACCUUGGAAAGACGAAACAUAUUCUCUCGACACUUAGCAAGAAGAGAGCAUAUUCACAUUUCAUUGGCCUCAGGCUGAUUCAUUGAUUACAUUCGCCUUUUACAUCAUAGACAUUCGGUCUAAAUUUAACAGCAAGGGGAUAUUUUCGGGGGUUUUAAUCGCAGGGCUCAUUAGUUAAGGGUUUCGCAUUUGGCUCAUCAUGGGUUCAGUGUUGCCUGCAGAUGCUCUGGUUCUGAAGGCUGGAUUUAAGCAGCAGUCUCUGGCCCUGUCCGACAUCAUCACAUCAGAUAUCCUGCACAGUUUCCUGUACGGCCGCUGGAGGAACGUGCUGGGGGAACACCUGUUCGAGGAGAAGACCAACACUGUCAGCCCUAAAACAGCCUUCACCGCCGAGGUCCUGGCGCAGUCAUUCUCCGGUGAGGUCCAGAAACUCUCCAGCUUAGUGCUGCCAAGUGAAGUCAUCAUUGCGCAGAGCUCUAUCCCUGGAGAAGGACUUGGCAUCUUUUCCAAGACCUGGAUAAAAGCUGGCACCGAGAUGGGACCCUUCACAGGCAGGGUCAUUUCACCCGAGCAUGUGGAUCUCUUCAAGAACAACAAUCUCAUGUGGGAGGUUUUCAAUGAGGAUGGCACGGUGCGCUAUUUCAUCGAUGCUAGUCAAGAGGAUCAUCGCAGCUGGAUGACUUACAUCAAAUGUGCGCGCAAUGAGCAAGAACAGAACCUGGAGGUUGUGCAGAUCGGAAGCAGCAUAUUUUACAAAGCAGUAGAGACAAUACCUCCAGACCAAGAACUACUUGUGUGGUAUGGGAAUUCCCAUAACACCUUCCUGGGUAUCCCAGGAGUCCCUGGCACAGAGGAUGAACAGCAGAAGAAGACUAAAACUGAUGAUUUUCACCUGUGCGACACCUCCUCUACUGCCUCUCUCUCUACUGCCAGCCGUAUGCGCUGCGUCAUCUGCCACCGCGGCUUCAACUCCCGCAGUAACCUGCGCUCCCACAUGCGCAUACACACUCUGGACAAGCCCUUCGUCUGCCGUUUCUGCAACCGCCGCUUUAGCCAGUCAUCCACUCUCCGUAACCAUGUGCGCCUCCACACGGGAGAGCGCCCCUACAAGUGCCACGUCUGCCAGAGCGCAUAUUCCCAGUUGGCAGGGUUGAGGGCACACCAGAAGAGCGCCAGGCACCGGCCGGCCAGCACAGGGUCUGUAGUGGGCCUGCAGGCUCAUUCGCCCCCGCCUCCACCUCCUCAGCUGGCACAGGUUCCUCACCCGGCCUCCCUGGUGCAUCACAUACCUACCAUGGUGCUAUGAGAUAGCAUGUAGCAUCUCAGAUAUUUGCAAUCUCACAGGCUGUUCUUCAGUGCACAAGUAUGUCUAUGCCAAGCUGGCCCUGAGUACUCUCACCUUUAGUGGAUGCUUUGUAGUUCCUUAAAGGUGAAGACAUGGUCAGAUAUGAUGAACAACACCUGCAGAACUCAGUCAUGACAGCACUGAAGUGAAAACAAUGGCCAUGGAAGGGCUGUUUCGUAUGUUCAUGUUGAAUUCUUACCAUUGCCAGAACUACGCACAGUGACGGCUCUAGUGCAUUUGUUCUGGCAGAUAUCUGCCACAUUACAUCUGAUCAAACAUUGUCAUUUAAGUUGAUCGGUAGUCAGUGUACAUUUUAUUCAUAUUUGCAUGCAAUAGUAUUUUUUUGUCCCAUUCCACUAAGGAUAAAGCCACAUCACCCCAUUCGCUUUAGCCACUAUGAAGUUAAUGGAUCCACUGGGACGAAGCACCACUUAGUGACCGAUUUGUGCCACUGCAGUCCAAUCAGAGCAUGUUUAUUGUGAAUGAACAAUACGAAGUAUGUAAAGGAAUGUACAUAUGAUUUGAAGAUUUACUUCCAAAAACAAGGAAUAGUCACUUUAUCUGUGUAUGUAUGUAAAGCUUAAAGUAUUAUUGCAAAACUUGGUUCUAUUAUAUUAUGUAUACUAUGUUUGCUUAUAUAAAAUUAUUUGGGUAUUCCCUUGUAUGCUCAAUAAAUAAUUAACAAAUAA